GAAGCUUUCCGCCGCCUGCACCGUUCCCAACGACCUCAAGACCCCAAGAUGGCUGACGCUCAAGUCGAGAAGGCAUUCCAGAAGCAACACCUCUUCCAAAACGCCAAAGUCCGGGGCGGCAAGAAGGUCUCCUCCAAGGACAAGCGGUGGUACAAGGAUGUUGGUCUGGGAUUCAAGACGCCUUCAGAGGCGAUCAAUGGCACUUACAUUGACAAGAAGUGCCCCUUCACUGGCAACGUCUCUAUUCGUGGCCGUAUUUUGACUGGCAAGGUUGUGUCUACCAAGAUGAUCCGAACCAUCAUCGUCCGACGGGACUACCUCCACUACAUCCCUAAAUACAACCGUUACGAAAAGCGACACAAAAACUUGGCUGUCCACAUUUCCCCAGCCUUCCGUGUUGAGGUCGGCGACACCGUCACUGUUGGACAGUGCCGGCCACUAUCAAAAACCGUCCGAUUCAACGUCCUCCGGGUAGCGAAGAACAAGGCCGCAUCCAAGGCUUUCGGAAAGUUCUGAGCUUAGACCAGAUUUUGUUAUUCUGUACCUCAUUUGUCCCAUGCCACAUGCAAUUCAAUGAAUAUGCCAUGCCAUCCAUGCUC